AUGGCGGAACAACAAGCUCUCUACGCGACAGACGAGUAUGGGCGUCCCUUCAUCAUUCUCCGCGAACAAGCCAAAAAGACUCGCAGUCAUGGUGUAGAAGCGAUCAAGUCACAUAUCCUGGCUGCGCGCACUGUGGCAAAUAUCAUACGAACCUCUCUCGGUCCUCGAGGCCUUGACAAAAUUCUCAUCUCUCCCGAUGGUGACAUCACGGUAACAAACGAUGGUGCAACAAUCCUGAGUCAGAUGGAGGUCGAGCACCAAAUUGCGAAACUCCUUGUGCAGCUCUCCAAGAGUCAGGACGACGAGAUUGGUGACGGGACGACAGGCGUCGUCGUUCUUGCUGGAGCCCUGCUGGAGCAAAGCGAAGCGUUGCUUGACAGAGGCAUCCACCCCAUCCGGAUAGCAGAUGGUUUCGAUCGAGCAUGUACGGUUGCGGUGGAGCAUCUCGACCGCAUAUCCGACCGCGUCGAGUUCUCACUUGAAGACACGUCAAAUCUCAUCAAGACAGCGAAGACCAGUCUUGGCAGCAAAAUUGUCUCAAAAGAGCACGAAAAGUUCGCAGAGAUCGCGGUCGACGCCGUGCUCGCUGUAGCAGACUUCGAACGCAAGGACGUGCCAUUCGACAUGAUCAAGGUCGACGGCAAGGUCGGCGGCUCGCUCGCAGACACGAGCCUAAUCAAGGGCGUGCUCGUCGACAAGGAUAUGUCGCAUCCCCAAAUGCCCCACAGCGUGAAUGACGCGCGCAUCGCCAUCCUAACGUGCCCGUUCGAGCCCCCACGCCCGAAGACGAAGCACAAGCUGGACAUCACGAGCGUGGAGGAGUACCGCCGCCUGCGCGAGUACGAGCAGGACAAGUUCCAGGAUAUGAUUAAGCGGGUGAAGGACACCGGCGCGAACCUGGUCAUUUGCCAGUGGGGCUUCGACGAUGAGGCGAACCACCUACUCAUGCAGAACGAUCUGCCUGCUGUGCGAUGGGUAGGUGGUCCCGAGAUUGAGUUGAUCGCAAUUGCAACGAACGGACGAAUCGUUCCACGAUUCGAAGACCUCACUGCAGACAAGCUGGGCAAGGCAGGUAUCGUACGCGAGGUUUCCUUCGGCACCACGCGUGACAAGAUGCUUGUGAUCGAGAAGUGCGCCAACGCGCGGACAGUCACCGUCUUCGUUCGGGGAAGCAACAAGAUGAUCGUUGACGAAGCGAAGCGUGCUCUCCACGAUGCCCUCUGCGCUGUCCGCAACUUGGUCGUUGACAACCGCGUCGUGUACGGCGGGGGUGCUGCCGACAUCAGCUGCUCGAUGGCCGUCUCGAAGGCAGCCGACGAGAUUGCAACCAUCGAGCAAUACGCGAUGCGCGCCUUCGCGUCCGCUCUGGACGCCGUGCCGCUUGCUCUCGCGGAGAACAGCGGUUUGUCGCCUAUCGAGACGCUCGCGGAAGUCAAGAGCCGGCAGGUCAAGGAGGGCAGCUCGAACCUCGGCAUUGACUGCCUUGGUAAGGGUGAGAACGACAUGAAGAAGCAAUUCGUGUAUGACCCGUUGAUCUCGAAGCGUCAACAGUACUUGCUCGCUACACAGCUUGUGAGGGCCGUGCUGAAGAUUGAUGAUGUCAUCGUUGCUGGCCAGGCGGAGGAUUAG